ACCUGACUUAUAUAAUAAUUAAUUAAAUUUUUUAUUUGUUAAAACAAAUUCUCGUGAACAUGGCCAAAUUUGUAAGUACUUACGAGAAACCCUUGCCCCAUAUCGGUCUGCCAGAUUGGUAUGCCAAACAAUGGCAGCUUCGACAGAGCGCGGAUGUUAGAAGAUCUGAGGCUUGUCAACUACGCAAUUCGGGUAAAACUGUCCGUGCCGAAGCGAAUGUGAGAACGAAAUGGGACACUUAUGUAAAUAAUACUCGAAUAGCGGACAGAGUGACGGAAUUAUCAAGAUGGAAAGACACGAUCGAAGAUUUAUUGCAAAAGUUGUUGACCGAGAUGUGCUUGUUGAGCGACGAGAAAGCCAAUACAGAGAAAGACAUUGAAAGUGUAAACCGUCUUCUGCAAAUUGUAAGUGAAUGCAUUUCAACAAGGGACUGCCGUAGAGUUACUGAACUCACUUAUGAUGAGGCUGAUACCGAAUUGAAGAAAGAGUUACGCACAAUCGCAAGUAUUCAAGAAGCAUUAACUAAAAGGGUACAGGCCGCAUGGGAGAAGUUAAAUCAUUUGGAAAGGAUCAAAUUUGAGUUGAACUUAGACAUCGAGGACAAAAAUGAUACCAUCAGAAUAGACAAGGGAAAUCUUAAAUUGGAUCACAUGUGUGCGAACAUAAGUUACAAACCGAAGACAUCAAUUUGCGCCGAGAAAACAAAUUUGAUCACGUACGAGAUGUGGUUGGACAGAUGUCAUCGUUCUAAAAUGUUGGCCGAGAGUGAAUCGAAUGACUGCUACACCUUCCGCGAAGCUACGCGUGUAAUGAGGGAGUGUGCGUGGAAUGAUAUCAAAGCUCAACAAGAUGUGACGGAUUAUACUUUAAGAAAGAGAAUUUAUCAAACACAAAAAGCUAGAAACGAAUUGGAAUGGCAGAAGCUUAAGGUACAACAGGAAAUGGAAAUGUUAGCGAAGGAAAUAACGCAGUUGGAAGCAACUUUGAUGAGUAAAAUAGGUGUUGUAAAAUGCGUCGAGACGCGAUUGGAAAAUCGUGUUUAUCGACCUGGAUCGGAACUCUGUAAAGAUGAAGUCGAAUUAGGUUUGCAGAGCGAAAAUUUGCAAUUGAAACAAACUGAGGAGGAUCUGGCUAAAGUUAUUGCGCAUACAAAAGCAAGCUAUAACAGUUUGGAAUCUUUACUUAUGUGUAUCCAAAGCAGCUUAGAAGAUAAACAACAUUCUUUGAAUACUGAUGUUAUGUGCUUGGACACGAGAGCGAUACUGAAGAAAGGUGAUAGAUCACGUUUGCCUAAUGAAACAGAUCGUAAUAUCAUGUUAACUUCCAUGGAAAAAGAAAUUCCACUAGCAUCUUAAACUUAACGUUCCAUUUGGGUUUAUCCGACCCAUUUGCAUUUUUAAAAUAUGAUAACUUUGUAACUAUUGCUUCUAAUAUUUCCAAAUUAGCAUAGAUAUCUAGAAUACGAAUAACUUAUUAAAAUAACUUAUUAAAAAAUAAACUACUUGUGAAUUUUA